UACUUCCCAGGAAGGGUGCAAAGGGUUUCUGGGCAGUGGAGCAAAAUGAACUUUGUGAGGUGCAAACUUACUGUUUCCUCGGUGUUGCGAAGGAAUGGGUGCGCAGAAACUUUGUAAUUUGUUCUAGAUCUCGGAGCUAGGGCGCCCCAGCAUCCUGGUUAAUGUGGCUUCCACACGUGGCUCUGAUAACAAUAACCAUAGGUACUUGAGCACUUCCUGUGUGCCAAGUGCUAUGUCAGAGCUUUGCAUAAACUAACUUGUUAACCCUCACAUCACAGGAGUUGAGUACUAUUACUCCCACGUACAGAAGGGGAAACCAAGGCACAGGAAGACUAAUAGGUUAUACGGUUAGUCGGUGGCCCAGCUGGGAUUUGAACCUAUGCAGCCUGGCCCCAGGCCUCAGUGCAUAACCAUUAGAAUAUCCUGUAUGAUAGAAACGGCUGGGAAGACUAGCCACCCAGCGCUGGGCCUAACAACCAGGCUUUUGCUCUAGGAUACCUAGAUUGGUAAGAUGAUUUCAAAAUAUCGUGGACAAAUACGAAGCCCCAUUCCUCUUCAGCAAACCCCUCCCCCUGGCCCCCAGCCAGGGGCGACGUUGCCCCUGGCUCCGAACCAGCCCUUUGGCAGGCAAGGAUGGAUGUGGUGGGAGACCCAAGGUCAAGGGCAGGGAGCCUGCUGGCUGCAAGACCCCCUUCCCUGUUCCCUCCCAUUCCCUUCACCACUUGUGGUUGCCUCCUUGAGUUGGGAGUGAAUUUGCACGCCUGCCCUGAACCCCAGACUUGGGGGGCAAGUCCCCUUCUCCCCAGCCUGACUUCCCAUCACUGUGCACUGCAAGCUCCCUCCCAGUUAAGGGGAUCCCUCUGCCCUUUUUACUGCUCCCAAGAAGGCUGGGAACCUGCCUCCUGCCGCAGGCGGCGUGUCAGGAGAGGGCAGAUGGUUGUGUGCAUGGCUGGGCCCCAUGGAAAGGGGGACAGGGCUGUGGUGGCUGCCCAGCUUCACUGGCAACCUUCUCCCCAGGUCAUCGGGCUCCUGGAUGUCUUCACCUCAGCCUCCUCCCUGCGCAGCUUCCAUGACUUCUACCUGGUGAUGCCCUUCAUGCAGACGGACCUGCAGAAGAUCAUGGGGAUGGAGUUCAGUGAGGACAAGAUCCAGUACCUGGUGUAUCAGAUGCUCAAGGGUCUCAAGUACAUCCACUCAGCUGGGGUCAUCCACAGGGACCUGAAGCCGGGCAACCUGGCCGUGAACGAGGACUGCGAGCUGAAGAUCUUGGAUUUCGGGCUGGCCCGGCAUGCAGAUGCUGAGAUGACAGGCUAUGUGGUGACCCGCUGGUACCGGGCCCCUGAGGUGAUCCUCAGCUGGAUGCACUACAACCAGACUGUGGACAUCUGGUCUGUGGGCUGUAUCAUGGCAGAGAUGCUGACGGGGAAAACUCUGUUCAAGGGGAAAGAUUACCUGGACCAGCUGUCGCAGAUCCUAAAAGUGACCGGGGUGCCGGGCGCAGAGUUUGUGCAGAAGUUGAACGACAAAGCGGCCAAAUCCUACAUCCAGGCCCUGCCACAGAGCCCCAAGAAGGAUUUCUCUCAGCUCUUCCCGCACGCCAGCCCCCAGGCCAUAGACCUGCUGGAGAAGAUACUGGAGCUGGACGUGGACAAGCGCCUGACGGCCUCACAGGCCCUCGCCCACCCCUUCUUUGAGCCCUUCCGAGACCCUGAGGAGGAGACAGAGGCCCCGCAGCCGUUUGAUGAUUCCUUAGAACAUGAGAAACUCACUGUGGAUGAAUGGAAGCAGCACCUCUACAAGGAGAUCGUGAACUUCAGCCCCAUUGCCCGGAAGGACUCACGGCGCCGGAGUGGCAUGAAGCUGUAGUGACCCCUGGUUGAGCCCAGGGACUGGCCCAUGGCACCGCCUGCCGGAUACUGCCCCUAGGACCCAUAUCUGCUUGUCACUUCUGGUCCAGCCCCUUCUGGGACUAUCGCCUUCCGGGCGGAGGAGAGAGGGCCCCUGCCCCGGUGUAGGAAACAGGCCUCGUAGCUGCAGGAUUCAGAGCUGUUGGUUGGCAGACAAUAGCUCUGAUCGCAACCAGCCACAUUAAAACGUCCAUCUGGAGACUCGCCCACGUGUGGGGUCCUUCCUUCAAGGCUGUAGUGGGGCUGAGGGGCGGGCAGAGAUGGUGUAUUGGUUUGCUAAGGCUGCUGGGACCGCUCAGCACAAACUAGGCUUGAAACCACGGGACUGUGUCCUCUCACAGUUCUGAAGGCUGGGAGUCUGAAAUCACGGUGUCGCCAGGGCCAUGUUCCCUCUGAAGGUUCUAGAGCAGAAUCCUUCCCGGCUUCUUUUUAGCUUCUGGUGGCUCCCGUCCUCUUUGGUGUGCCUGGCCUUGCCGCUG